UUUCAUAAUACCUUGAAAUGUAUUUCGAGGAUUUGAACCAGUUUUUGUUGCAGGGGUUCGUUCAAAAAAUUCAGAGGAGAAGUAUAAAUAGCGAAAAUUACAGGAACUAUAACAGUAUCGAUCUGUUCGUCAACCAAUACACCAAAAUGAAAUUCUUCGUUGUUCUUGCUGCCAUUUCCAUGGCUUCCCUCGCCAACGCUGGGGCAAUCUUGGGUGGUGCUAUUGCAUCCGCACCCUUGGCAACAUCAUCAGUUCUCUCCACCAGGCUGAUAGCCAACAACGCUGGAUUAAUUGCUUCACCUCUUAGCGGCAACAUCAUCGGCAGUCCAGUUCUUUCCUCAGGUUUGAUCCAAAACCCAGUACUCUCCAGAUCCAUCGUUGGUCCACAAAUCAUCGGUUCUCCAUUGGUAUCUUCUUCAGUAUUGGGAAGUCCAAUCCUCUCCAGAACUAUUGCUGCUCCAGGACUUGUAGGUUCCCCAUUGCUUGGCUCAACUCUUGUUGGAAGCCCAGUUCUCUCCAGAUCUAUCUCUACUCACGGAUUGGUCGGUUCUCCUUUGAUUCGUUCUGCAGGAAUCAUUGGAGCUCCAGGACUCAUUGGAGCUCAAGGACUCAUCGGAGCUCCAGGACUUAUUCAAGCUCCAGGUAUCCUUGGAAACCAAGUUGUAAGCAGCUGGUAAAUCUAUUGAAUGUGUUGUAUAUUAUUCAUUUAUACUUUUUGAUAUUGUUUUGGAGAAACUUCUGUACCAGUGUAUUGAUGGCUGUUUAUACAGAACAAUAUUUAAUGUUUGUAAAUAACUCAAAAUAAAAAGUAAAACCUA